AGUAUAUACAGUAUGUUCAGGUUCUGAGGAUUUUUUCUCGUUGAGUAAUCCUGGGUUUGACAGUGAGGUGGGCGUGGCCCGGUGCCCCAUAAAAGCGCGAGCUCGGCCAGCUCGAGCCACACCGACACACUAGCGCGAGACACCGAGAGCGUGAGCGCGUGACUCUACAGGACCAUGUACACCAGCCGCUACACCAGACCCAGCACCAUGAGCUUCACCUUCCCCGAGCACGUGCCCGCACCCAGGCGCAACACCCAGCCGGAGGUGUUCACGUUCGACGCGUUACCGGAGCAGCAGCAGCGCACGAGCCCUCCGCGGCAGAGGCGCAGGAUAGGGCGGGUCCUGUACCCGGCCAACGUGCGCCGGUACCUGCCGCCCGCAGAGAAGAGCCCGGCCAAGCGCCUGCUGCUCGCGCUCUGCCUGCUGCUGCUCGCGCAGAUCUACACCGAGCGCGCUGACGAGGAGCUGCACGAGACCGGCGCAGAACCGGGAGCCGCGGCGGCCACUUUGAUCCCAGGCGCGCUCGCGCUGCCCGAACCCGGAGACGCGAGUGCGCACGCGCCUGCUCUGUUCCUGUCGUUCCAGUCCGCCGAGAAGGGCUGCAGCACGUGGACCAACCGCACACAGAACAUCCAGCAGAGCGUCCGGAACAACGGGUACGUGGUGGCGCUGCUCUACCCGGUCUAUCACACGCUGGGUACGGAGCAGUGAGAGGACAGGGUUCCUCCAGGAACUUUAUCAUCAGCAGAGAAGAACGUUCCAUCCUCAAGAGUUCUUCUACUCUGAAACAUCUAAAGAACUUGUAGAACGUUCCAGGAGCUGCGUGGCUCCAGGGUGGAGAUGUUCAGCGUCCCUGAUCAGCAUGCUCCAACAUGAACUCUGAGUCAGGGUGAAGAACUGAGGAACCUACUGAGGAACCGUUCCUCCACCACAGACUCUGAACUUGAACUUGAAGUUAGACUUGAUCUGAUGUUCUGGUUUACUUGAACUGUAAUGAUGAAGAUGAGGAGAGCAGUGAUGAUGAUGAUGAUGAAGAACUGAACACUUUGUGCACUACUUGAACUUUUGACCUUGUGUUGGUGGAGUUUGAUGAAGAAUAUUUGUUCUGUGAUGUUGAAGUUAUUUAUUGAAGAUUAUUUAUUGUUAUUAAUAUUAAACGUUUAUUUAUUUCAUUGUUCUUUCUGAAAAUAA